CGCUGCGGCGGGGCUACGUGCGGGUGCAGUGGUACCCGGAGGGCAUCAAGCAGCACGUCAAGGAGACCAAGCUGAAGCUUGAAGAUCGCUCAGUGGUCCCUCGAGAUGUGGUCAGACAUAUGAGCUCCAGUGACAGUCAGUGUGGAACUGUAAUUGACGUCAACAUCGAGUGUGCUGUGAAGCUGGUGGGAACCAACUGCAUCCUUUACCCUGUCAACAGCAAAGACCUGCAGCAUAUCUGGCCUUUCAUGUAUGGUGACUACAUAGCCUAUGACUGCUGGCUGGGCAAGGUCUAUGACUUGAAGAACCAGGUCAUCCUCAAGCUCUCCAAUGGAGCCAGGUGUUCCAUGAGCACGGAAGAUGGAGCCAAGCUGUAUGACGUUUGUCCCCACGUCAGUGACUCGGGUCUCUUCUUUGAUGAUUCAUAUGGCUUUUAUCCUGGACAAGUCCUCAUUGGGCCAUCUAAAGUGUUCUCCAGCGUACAGUGGCUCUCAGGUGUGAAGCCUGUUCUGAGCACAAAGAGCAAGUUCAGAGUGGUGGUGGAAGAGGUACAGGUGGUAGAACUAAAGGUUACUUGGAUCACUAAAAGCUUCUGUCCUGGAGGUACUGACAGUGUGAGCCCUCCUCCCUCGAUAAUCAGCCAGGAGAAGCUGUCCAGGGUAAAGCGUCUGGGGUGCUUUGACCAUGCCCAAAGGCAGCUUGGGGAAAGGUGCCUCUACGUGUUCCCAGACAAAGUGGAACCUGCAAAAAUCACCUGUGAAUGUCCAGAGAGGAACUGUGUCCUGGGUGAAGGAUCAGUUGCCAAAAAGGUGAGACGGCUGCUGAAGAAGCAGAUCGUGAAGAUCAUGUCGUGCUCCCCGGAGUCUCAGGGCACCGGUGAAGCCGCUGACAAAGAGUCUGCUGCAGCUGCUGACCAAAAAUCAGAAGAGCUUAAGCCUGAAUCCAAGUGUGAGCUGGAUGACUCUUCCAACAAUGCACCAAGUCCUGGGGAGAGGAAGGAGGAGCAGCCUGAAGAGCCAGGGAAGGAGAAAGGCGGAGGAGCAGCACGGCAGCAGCAGCCUCCCUUUCUCCUGAAGGAUGAAGGGCUGCCUGACUACCGGCUCCAGUCCAUGGAGCAGGAUGCUGAUGAUGAGGCAGCUGAUGACACUGAUGACACCAGUUCUGUCACCUCUUCUGCUAGCUCCACUGCCUCAUCCCAGAGUGGCAGUGGCACCUGCCGCAAGAAGAGCAUCCCCCUUUCCAUCAAAAACUUGAAGCGGAAGCACAAGAAGAAGAAGACCAAGGUUUCACGAGAGUUUAAGCCAGGAGACAGGGUUGCUGUGGAAGUGGUGACCACGAUGACUUCAGCUGACGUGAUGUGGCAGGAUGGCACAGUGGAGACCAACAUCCGCUCCAAUGAGCUGAUCCCUGUCCAUCACCUGGACAACAAUGAGUUCUGCCCCGGCGAUUUUGUGGUGGACAAAAGAGCUCAGAGCUCCCAGGAUCCUGGGUUGUAUGGAGUGGUGCAGUCUGGGGACCACAUCGGCCGUACCUGUGUGGUGAAGUGGUUCAAGCUGAAACCCAGUGGAGAUGAUGUGGAGCUGAUCGGGGAGGAGGAGGAUGUGAGCGUGUACGACAUCGCCGAUCACCCCGACUUUCGCUUCCGCACCACCGACAUCGUCAUCCGCAUCGGCAACUCGGACGGGGCCGCGGCCAAGGAGGACGAGCCUUCAGUUGGACAGGUGGCUCGUGUGGAUGUCAGCAGUAAGGUGGAAGUGGUGUGGGCUGACAAUUCCAAGACUAUUAUUCUGCCUCAGCACUUGUACAAUAUUGAAUCAGAAAUUGAGGAGUCAGACUAUGAUUCUGUUGACGGCAGCACCAGCGGGGCGUCCUCAGAGUGGGAGGAUGAAAGUGACAGCUGGGAGACAGAUAAUGGCCUCAUGGAUGAUGACCACCCAAAAAUUGAGGACUUUGAGCCUGAGGAGCCAGCAGCAGAGGAGGUGAAAAAAGUAGAAGAACAAGUCCAGGGAGCUGUGGCUAUGGCAGUUGCAGAUCUUGCUACAGAGAAAGCUGGCAAGGAUGGAGCCCCAAAGAGCUUCCGGGAGCUAAAGGAGGCCAUCAAGAUCUUGGAAAGCCUGAAAAAUAUGACUGUGGAGCAGCUGCUGACUGGCUCUCCCACCUCCCCAACUGUGGAACUGGAAAAGCCCACUCGGGAGAAGAAGUUCUUGGACGAUAUUAAAAAACUGCAGGAAAAUCUAAAGAAGACCUUGGAUAAUGUGGCUAUUGCUGAGGAGGAAAAGAUGGAAGCCAUGGUAGAGACAGAGAAGAAGGAAGAAAAAGCAGAGGCACAGACACCAGUGAGGUCAGAGUGGCCCAGUGAGACACCAGUGCUCUGCCAGCAGAGUGGAGGGAAGCCUGGAGUCACCUUCACCAGUGCCAAGGGAGAGGUGUUCUCUGUGUUGGAGUAUGCUCCAGAUUCCCAUGCCUUCAAGAAAAUGGAGUUCCAGCCCCCAGAAGCCAAGAAGUUCUUUAGCACCGUGCGGAAGGAGAUGGCUCUGCUGGCCACCUCCCUGCCUGAUGGCAUCAUGGUGAAAACCUUUGAGGAUCGAAUGGAUCUCUUCUCAGCACUUAUCAAAGGGCCCACACGCACACCCUACGAAGAUGGCCUCUUCCUCUUCGACAUCCAGCUGCCCAACAUCUACCCCGCUGUGCCGCCUCUCUUCCGCUACCUCUCCCAGUGCAGUGGGAGACUGAAUCCCAACCUGUACGACAAUGGCAAAGUCUGUGUCAGCCUCCUGGGCACCUGGAUAGGCAAGGGGACAGAAAGGUGGACCAGUAAAUCCAGUCUCCUUCAAGUACUCAUCUCCAUCCAAGGUCUCAUCCUGGUGAACGAGCCCUACUACAACGAGGCGGGCUUCGACAGCGACCGGGGGCUGCAGGAGGGCUACGAGAACAGCCGCUGCUACAACGAGAUGACGCUGAUCCGCGUGGUGCAGUCCAUGAUGCAGCUGCUGCGCCGGCCCGUGGAGGUGUUCGAGCACGAGAUCCGCGAGCAUUUCCGCUGCCACGGCUGGCGCCUGGUGUCGCGCAUCGAGUCCUGGCUGGAGACCAACGAGCUGGUGGAGCGCAGCCACGAACAGGCCAACGGGGCGGAUGCUGCCGCGCUGCCGCGCGCCGGCGCGGCCGAGAGCCCCGGGGACGCGGCGGCGCUGGCGGAGCGCGGCUCGGAGCAGGGCCUGGCCGAACUGUCCGACUCGGCGCCGGACGGGAGGGAGGAGCUGGACGAGGCGGAGUUCCCCGGCGCGGCGCCCGACGCCGGCGAGCUCCAACAGUACUCGGACUCGGAGAGCGCGGGCCAGGCCGGCGGGGAGCUGGCCAGAGACCGAACGGACGAGGGGAAGGCUGCCCAGGACUCUGCCUCGCAGCCCAGCGUGAAACCAAAGAAAAGGAGAAAGAGCUACAGGAGUUUCCUGCCGGAGAAGAGCGGUUACCCUGAUAUUGGGUUUCCCCUCUUCCCUUUGUCCAAGGGGUUCAUUAAAAGCAUCCGCGGUGUCUUGCAGCAGUACCGGGCUGCCUUAGCAGGGGCCAACAUCCCAGAGUGGACAGAGGACAAAUAAACCAUCAGGUUAGGGACAGGCAGGUGCAGGGGAGAAGGGAAAGCAGCAGAAAGUAAAUUGGCAAAUGCUGUUACCAAUCAACUGGCUUCUCCUUCCAGCUUUUCUUCCUCAGCUUGGUUUGUUCCAAAGAAGGUGGUAGGCCUGAUUGCUCCUCUGAGGAAAGGUUGUUUAAGCAUGAAUAACUCUUUGCCCCCGACCCCUCUUCCUUCCCCCGGUCCCGUGUACGUGCUCUUCUUGCAAGUUUGACCCUGCAAUGGUAAGAUUUGAGACCUGCACAGAAGCAGUCUUGCAGCCACGUUCCCUCUGCACUUUCAUCUUGGGGCACCUUUCCACACAAGGACUCUUCCCACCCAGCUACACCCAGCAGUUUGUUCUGGUGGGGUUUCAGCCAGGAGAAGGGAUUGCUGUAGUUUCUGGAAAUGAAGGGCAAUGCCCUCCUAGUCUUCUAUUUGGGUUCCAUGAAGUCUACCCCAGCUUAUCUCUACUUAGACAUUGGAUUGUGUUUGCGUUGGAGUUGUCUACA